AUGGGCUACAACCUAAUACAGACAGUGCGGCAGGAAAACCGCAGCGAGAGGGGAAAGACUGAGAUUCAACAGAAGAACUGGAACCGUAAAAUUCCAAGCCAAAAAUAUGGAAAUUAAUAGUCACAGACCGUUUGUCUACGCGGCAAGUCUUCUUCGGGAUGGAUUCUGAGUUCUUUCUCCCUACGAAAAAAAAAUAUGCAGGCUGAUUAAAAAUGGUGAAAUGCUAAAAUAGUCACAGUCGUUUGGGGACAAUGCUUGAGAAUGGAUGAGAAUUACAAGGGGGCUAGUCACUGCAGUUCCCGGGUUUGCUCGCUGGAUUGACCACGCCAACCCGGUGGAAAUAUAACUGAACAGAGUCUCUAUUCCACUUGGGCAUGUAAAUAUCACUGUGCUUCAUCAGGAAGAAAACUGUAUGUGGAAUCUCAAAACGCAAAGAAAGUAACGUUUGGUGCAUUAAAAAUUCCAUUGGAGGGAUGUCAUCUGCUUCCGUUGCUUGGUAGCAAACCAUCUGUUUCAUAAAACGGGAAUUGACACUUCAGGGUGUUACUAUGGGUGAUGUGACGGACGGAAAAGAAAUUAAAAAGACCUUUAUCGUUCCAGCCAUAAAAGCUUUUGAUCAUUAUGAUUUUAAUAGGGCUAAAAUCCGUUGUAGCCUGACAUGGCUGGUGGCCAAAGCCUUUGGGACAGACAGUGUCCCGGAGGAUCUGAAGGAGCCGUUCUACACGGACCAGUACAGCCAGGAGCACAUCAAGCCGCCGGUGGUGAACCUGCUGCUGUCGGCGGAGCUGUACUGCCGGGCCGGGAGCCUCAUCCUGAAGAGCGACGCCGCCAAGCCGCUGCUGGGGCACGACGCCGUCAUCCAGGCGCUGGCGCAGAAGGGCCUGUACGUCACCGACCAGGAGCGGCUCGUCACCGAGAGGGACCUCUGCAAGAGGCCAAUCAAGAUGAGUGCCCACCUGGCCAUGAUUGACACCUUGAUGAUGGCGUACACGGCGGAGAUGGUCAGCCUGGAGAGGGUGGUGUCCUGCCUGCAGAAGUACCGCCCCCUGGAUGCAGAGGACGACGUGCCCUACGACACUGAGGAGGCGGUGACCAGCUGGAUAAACAAGGUUAACGAAUACUUGAAAGACAUCAUCGCUCAGGAGCAGAAGAUUGGGGAGGCGUGGAGCGAGGAUCCGGCAGGCCCCCGGGCUCGCUUCAGGAAGGAGCACACGCUGCCUCGCCAGGUGCCCUGUUUCCCCCUGGUGGACAAUCUCCUGAAGGACAACACAGAUGGGUGUGCGCUUGCUGCCCUGGUUCACUUCUACUGCCCUGACGCUGUCCGUCUGGAAGAUAUUUGUCUGAAGGAGGUGAUGUCACUGGCUGACAGUCUGUACAACCUCCAGCUAAUCCAGGAGUUCUGCCAGGAGAACUUGAACCGCUGCUGCCACUUCACACUGGAGGACAUGCUCUAUGCCUCCUCUUCUGUAAAGAAUAACUACCUUGUGUUCAUGGCCGAGCUGUUCUGGUGGUUCGAAGUGGUCAAACCUUCCUUCGUCCGACCUCGUGUUCUAAAUGUCAAAGACCCUGCUCUGCAGUUAACAGAUGUGCCCACAGUGUCCAAUUCUAACGUUACCAGAGAAAGCUUUAUCGACGCACCUGCCAGUCCAAGCCAGCCCAGUCUGUCUCUCAGGCCACAACCUAAGACCUCCCCUUCAGGUGUUAUAAAACGAUCAACCUCAAUGUCUUACAUGGAUGGGUGUGUUGGGACAUGGCCAAAAGAGAAAAGGUCCUCGGCUCAUGGGAUAUCCUUUGACAUCCCGUUUGACAGAGAUGACAUGACCCAGCCAGCUGUGGGGCGAGGUAUGAGCAGAUCGGCCAGCACAGAUGGGCUGGGCCACAGGUUCGCCCACGCCCCCCGGAACAUCAGGCGGAACCUGUCCUUCCAGCCAGUCAACGGCCAGAGCGGGCGGGGCAUCGAGGAGGAGGAGGGCCUUCAGCCGGGGUUCUCCAACGGGCUGGAGCCGGACGAGCACGGGCCCCCCGGGGCCACGCCCAGCAUUGAAGAGGCCCUGAAGAUCAUCCACAGCCCGGAGCGGCCCGGCGGCGGGCUGCCGGCAGACAGGGCCGGCAACGGGUUCUUCCUCCACGGGCGGGACGGCGGGGACGCCGCGUGUGCCAAGGGCCAGGCGGCGGACGACCAGGACUCGGCCUCCACGGAGAUGGACACGGGGAUCCACGUGCGCACCGAGGACAUCCAGGACGAGGACUCGUCCCUGAGGGACUACACGGCCAGCAUGGACUCGGACGCCGACCACGAGUACGAGCCGGGGCCCGGGCACCCGCCGUGCGACGGCCCCAGCCCCGCCCCCAGCUCCCUGAGCGGGCCGUCCCGCGCCGGAAGCUCCGCCUCCUCCGGCUCCGGCGGCGUGCGCAUGACCAGCUUCGCCGAGCAGAAGUUCCGGAAGCUCAACCACCACCACCACCAGCUCGGCGAGGGGCGGAGCAGCGGGAGCGGCUACGCGAAGACCACGCCCGAGAGCUCCGAGCCCGGCGUUCCGCACUCGGUGGCCUGGGCCCCCGUGCCUGAGGAGGGGGGCCCCGCCCGUGCCCGUUCCCUGCCCUCUUCGCCACGGGACCCCACCCAUCUGCUGGCCUCUGAGAUGCUGCAGCUGAAGAUGAAGCUGGAGGAGAAGAGGCGGGCCAUCGAGGCGCAGAAGAAGAAGGUGGAGGCGGCCUUCACCCGCCACCGCCAGCGCAUGGGCCGCACGGCCUUCCUCAACGUGGUGAGGAAGAAAGGGGGCGGGGCCUCGCCGCUGAGGGAGGAGGCGGCCGGCUCGGAGGCCAGCGGGCCUCCCGCCUCCCCCGACUGCGACGCCCGGCCCCCCAGGGCGGCGGAGGAGGAAGGGGAGGAGGAGGAGAGCGCCCGCCCGGGGAAGGCGCCGGACGGGGCGGAGCAGGGCCACGGCGGGUGGUCGCGGUCGCCCGGCGAGGAGGGCGGGGCGGCGGGGGAGGCGGACCUGGCGGAGUACACGCGCUCCAUCGAGAGGCUGAACACCUCGCUCAGCUUCCUGCAGACGGAGAUGCAGCGGCUGGCGCAGCAGCAGGAGGUGAUCAUGCAGAUGAGGGAGCAUCAGUCCUGGGCCGCGUCCCCACCCGCCGGCCCCGCCCCCUCGCCGCAGAGGCAAGUGCACGAGCUCCGGGGGUCCGCCGCCCGCUCGGCGGGCUCGCUCUCGCCGGUCCUGUCCUCCGGCGGGUCCCCGCGCCCCUCCCACCGCUCGCCCACCACCAUCAAGAGGAAGUCGGCCUCCUUCCACUCGCGCACGCCGCGCACGCCCAGGCCCAGCGAGCUCAAGAUCGCCCCCUUCAGCCGCAUGCUCAACACGCCGCAGUCCGUGGACAGCCUGCCCCGCCUGAGGCGUUUCUCGCCGAGCCAAACCCAGCUCAGCUCCUUCGCCUACUUUGGGCACGAUGAACCCCCCCCUUCCCCUUCCUCUUCCCCCGCCCCCACCCACACGCCUCCCCCUGACCCCGCCCCCGAGCCCCAGGAGCAAGACGGCGGCCCCAGGGAACCUAAACCAGAGCGGCCCAACCACCGGAUGUCUGCGGGACCGUCUUCUCCAUACUGGUGGGCGCAGGAGGUGGAGAGGGACCCACGUUCGCAGGGCCCAAAUGAACCUAAAGCUCCCCCCAUUUCGGAGGUGCUGACCCAGCCCGUCGCGCAGGUGGUCAGGGUGACCCCCGUAAAACACGACCACACCCUGAAUACCAGCAGCAGGAACCUGAUCGAGGUGCCCCUGUCUGUAGUGAAGGCCCCGGAGGCCCAGGCAGUGGGCAAUAGUGGUAGCAGCAGUGGAGAGGCGGAGCCUGUUUCUGAGCUCCUUUCUGGAGACCAGAAAAUCUGCUGUGGGUUCUUCUUCAAGGAUGACCUGAAGGGCGAAGAGGACAUCGCGCUGAAGAGGGCAGCUCUGCUGGAGAAGAGGCUGCGGAGGGAGAGGGAGGCCCAGCAGAAGAAGCUGGAGCUGGAGGCGGAGCUUGAGCAGAAGAAGGAGUUGGCACGGUUGAAGGCGGAAGAGGAACGUGAGAAGAAGGAAGAUGAGAAGGCGAGGAGGGAGUACAUUAAGCAGGAGUAUCUCAGAAGGAAGCAGCUGAAGCUAAUGGAUGACAUGGACGCGGUCAUUAAGCCCCGCCACUCCAGCACCAAGCAGAAGAAGCCGCGGCCCAAGUCCAUGCACAGGGACAGCGUGGAGUCCCCCAGGAUCCCACCCAGAGCAGGUUCACGGCCUCGUGUCUUCUCGGUCUCAAGCCUGUCCCUGGCCUCGCUCAACCUGGGGGACAAUGACAGCGUCAACUCAGACAGGAGGACGCCUAGAAGCAGUAAAUUAGCCUCUGGCAAUCUAUACUACUUUCUGAACUCUCCAAAAGUGAAAAAGACAAGGCCGGACUCGGCUGACGGCUUCCUGUCCCCCUGCCUGCUGGGAAGCGGGAACGGAGAGAAGGACUGGGAGAACGGCUCCACCACGUCGUCGGUGGCAUCCAACACGGAGUACACAGGGCCCAAGCUGUACAAGGAGCCGAGUGCCAAGUCCAACAAGCACAUCAUCCAGAACGCCCUGGCCCACUGCUGCCUGGCUGGCAAGGUUAAUGAGGGGCAGAAGAACAGGAUACUGGAGGAAAUUGAUAAAUCGGAGGCCAACAACUUCCUGAUCCUCUUUCGAGACUCGGGCUGCCAGUUCCGCUCGCUCUACACGUACUACCCGGAGUCCGAGGAGAUCACCAAGCUGGCGGGCAUCGGGCCCAAGUCCAUCACGCGCAAGAUGAUCGAGAACCUGUACAAGUACAACUCGGACAGGAAGCAGUUCAGCCACAUCCCCGCAAAGACCAUGUCCGCCAGCGUCGACGCCAUAACUAUAUACGGCCACCUGUGGCAAAUCAAGAAAUCGGCCACGCCCAAAAAAGCACUAACACUCAAGUCUUAAUGGAAGGAGGAGCCUUUGUGCAGAACCUUCACGUUCAGUUUCCACUUCACCGCACAUAUCCGUUUGGAUUCGGCGCCCAAAGUGGGUAAUAUACGCUUUUGGGUGUUUGUCUGCCUUUUUCUUUUUUUUUGGAGCGGCAACUGGACGCAGAACUCUUUGUACGUUAUGCACAACUGGAAUGUAGAACACUAUUUAAAACUGUUCGGCUGACUACACGCUUAAGUGCGUGAGAUUGCGGAAGUUCUGGCUAAAUGUAUUGAUGCGCGCGCUGCGUGCAUGUGUGUGGUGUGUGUGCUCGCGUUCUUUCCUGUAUGUGCCAAAAAAGUAAAGAUGUGGAUGCCAUGUUCUUGAUUUCGAACACUUGAAGCACUGAAUGUCAAUCACCUGUACAGACUGAACUUUUCAUAUUAUGCUAACAUUUGUGGCCUUAUGCUUGUUUUAUUUUUUAAUGUGGGUGCUGCGAGUGUGUAUGGUUGUCCCAUGAUAGGAUUUUGUAUGUUGCCAGACUUGUUGCCUUUGUGUGGUUGGACCAUGUCUUGUUAAGUCUGCAUACAUGUGUAACUGGGCUAGCCAAUGGAAGUGACUUCACCACAGUGAGCGAAUUGGGCUGCUAUGACUUUGGCCUAAGGUAAAAGUAAUAUAUGGUGAAAUAUAAAAUCCCAGCCAGAAGGAAUAUAUUUUAAAUACAUGUCAAACAUAUUGCGAGUAUUAGAAAAUAUCUGCAUUUAAUUUUAUACAUUGUUUUUAGAAUAAACUGAAAACUUGCAUUCAUUGUAAGAUGUAAAAUGUAUGUUAUUCUUAAAUAUGUUAGUAUAUUUACAAAGGACAUUCCUUAUAUUUUGGACAUGAUGUUUUGCCAUAUAUUUACUAAUAUUACUUUUCUCAGAAGGGAAAAUAAAUACAGAAUGUUAAGUCACUGCUGAAUUUUAUUCUAGAUUGCAAGAAAACAGCAACAGGGACUCUCCACAAUUUUAAUUUUUUGGUAACUGUACAGAUCAAUUUAAUGCUGUUAGAAACCAAUUAUAUUACUGCCUAUUAAAUAAAAAAGCAUUGUUUUGUUAAAUACAUUAAUAAACAGAUGGUAAGCAAUGUAUAUAACUCUACUAUUUUUGUUUCAAAACAAAAUUCUACCAUUUUGUUUUAAAGUUAAUUCACUUUAUUUAACAAUGUUAAAAUCUGACAUUUAAACAAAUCUAAUUAAACUACAAAUAUUUUAUAUAUAUAUAUUUUAUAUUUUAAUGAUGGCAUAUUUGAAUUUAACACCCUUUUUAAUGCCUGCUUACCAUCUGUUUGCUAAUAGAUAUAAUAAUUUAUUUAGUAGGCAGAAAUGUAUUUAUCAGUGUUGUUCACAGUAUAGUUUGGCAACUAAUUUAAAAUGUCACCUAUUUAUUUAUAUAUGAUGGGCCUUGUAAAGUCCCUCUUCUUUAAGAGUGUUGCAUAAUAUGCUUCCAUAGUUUUAAAAAAAUGUAGAUGAUUAAAGACAAGUGUGUGCAUACUGGUAAUUACAUUUUCACACAAAAUAGGUGGAGUAGACAAUAUUAAACCAUAGACUACAUGGUGAUAAAAAAAUAAAAAAUAAACACAGCCUUUUAUCAUUGAGUAAUAAGGGUCUGUUUACUCAUUAAUAUCAUGGACAAAACUUAGCUUCAAAAUAGAGAACAAAUCUGUUACAUGAAUGUGCAAUUUAAAAAUAAAUAUUAUUGUAAAAUACUUGGAUCAGACGGCAGAGUACUUCAGAGUAUGUUUAGAUAAUCAUCGGUUUAUGUUAAAUAUCCCAUUUAAGCUAGUUCUCUCUGGUAAACAAACAGACUUGACACAAUAAUACAGUCUGAGAAACUUUUCAAGAUUGUUGCUUGAAGUGGUUAAUUUCGGUAGGUACAGGUAUUUUUCUGGGUUAGUGCAUAAACCUUUUGUUUUUACUUCACGUCUGCUCAGUCCAUUCACUAAGUGUUCCUUUGCUGUCCAUCUAUCUUGAUGCAAAAAGCAUUCCAUUUGUAACAGUGUAUGCCAUUAACAGAGACCCUUUGUACCUUUUUGCCACCGCACUGUUACUCCGAGAACAUUUUAAAAACAUGGAGGCUGCAAACAUUAAGACUAAGACUGCUGAGGCCUUGCUGGAGAGCCAUAUCAUAACUUUGGUUUCUUUGUAAUUCUUGAAUAACAGUUUCCAUUGUUAGUUGUAACUAAUGCCCAUCCCAUUCUACAAUGCAGCCAGCAGCCACUUCUUUCACUGUUCUGAGCUGUGCAUUGACUGUGCUGCUGGAGGAUUGCAUUACUGAUGCAGCUGGUGCAGGCAAAUUGAAGAGGCCGCAUCUACAGUACCACUGGUGGCACAAUGAGGUGUGGCAUACACCCUGCCAACUGAAACCUUCCCUCCCUAGGCAACGCUGCAGCAAAUUAUGAGUUGCUGCACUGGAGUUCCGACGGGUUUAUUUUCUAUGAGGAUCUAAACGGGGAACAAGCCUCUUCGAUUUGUUUGUGGAAACCAACACUUUAGUGAGUGAGAGUCAUGAGAAUUGUCUGCCGCUGUUGGUGUUGAUCAUUCAUGUUUUUUUAAUCAUGUUCAUGUGUUUUUGUUGCAUAUGUUCUUUUUGUAUAUUUGAUGAAAUUAUAAAAAUGCACAUUUUCAUCGAGACUGGUGGCUCUGAAUUACUUGGUAGGCCUAUGGAUAUUUAGGCUUUAAAUUACGCAAAUUCAGCUUUUAAAUGCACGGAUGCCACAAAGUAUGACGACAUUAUGCGCAAGGUAUUGAGAAGAUAUAGGAUAUGCUAUUUUUCAGUGAAAUUAUACCCUGCUGAAACCUUUCCACAUGGAUCAGCCUAGGUUAGAAAAUACAAAAUGCAAAUACCGCAAACUGGCAAAGUUUCACAAGCAUGUGAAGUAGUCUUAUGUUGUUUCAAAAUCUAAGCAGCGUUUACUUUUCUCUGAACCAGAAAUGUGUCCAUGCAAAGCGCAUGUGAGAUUUUUUCUUUAAAGAAAAAAUCAAAUCGUACAGUGUGGUUUGUCGCAUAUAGUACAUCUAAACACAAAUCAGUCAUCGUCAUUUCUUGACCUGUUGAUAGUCUUGUCACAACAGUGUAUGUAGGCCUGCCAUCAAAUUUUCUGUGAUGUGUCGUAGGCCUGUGUCACUUAGUCAUGGUUUUUUGUGAGUUAGGCAACUGGAAGAUCUGCAGGUGGCAGGUUUGAAUGUUAUUUUUAUCGGUCUACACUGUAAGAGUUCAAUUAACACGGAACAUUUUACAGUGUAGGCCGCUGAAUUUCCCACAGAAGUUCACACAGAAAUGGUGUGCUUAUUAAAAAUGUUCUUGUCUGAAUUUCUUUUAAAUAAUUUUAAAUAUUAAGCAGGUUAAAUUUACAUUAUAAUGUACUAGCUAUUUGUAGAUGAACAUUGAUUAUUUUCAUUUUUCCCAGUUGUUUUUAUAAGGCCUAGAAUAUCUUGAAAUGAGAUGCCUAGGUCACAAAUGAAUAUUUGUCUUAAAACUAAGAAUUCAGCCAUGUAUUCUUACAGAAAACACACUUAAUAUUAUAUUUUAUUAGGCUAACUAACCAUCUUUCAUUUCGUUCUAAUUUGUGCUAAUCUAGCCAAGAAAUAUCAGUUUCAGUUUUCAAACUGAAACCUGCUCAGUUUCAUAAUUGAUGAAAGGUGUUGUAGGACAGCUAAUAUCAUAUUCAUUCGUGGUCAUAUUCAUAUUUGGCUGUUUAAAGUCAAAAUGAAUAGCUUUCAGUUGUAAAUAGGUACUGUUGAAUAUUGUUUAAUGAUGUGCUACUCUGUCUACCACGAUGAAGUAUAGCUUCCGUAUACCUUAAGAGGCUGUGCUGUUGUAUAAUGUCAACAUAUUGCUGAAAGAACUUGUAUUUUAUUAUUUUUAUUUUAUUUUUUGCUUUGAAUAAAAUCAAGCAUGGCCUCAA